AUGACAUGGCCAGUCGACGAGUACGCAACAGACGGUCUUCCGUCGUGGCAUUUGCUGCUUACACGUGAGGGCACAGUGUCUGCUUCUGUGUUUGCUACAGGCCAGCACCGGCGGGAACAAUAAGGCGAUUUCCCGCAUGACCUAGCCAUUCCGGCGCCGUACCGUCAUGCUCGUGCCUUCUCGAUAACGGAAUUUGUUCAUGAGCUCGGAGUCCGACGCUUAGGCAGUCGCCAUCCCCACUCAGCUGAGGCAAGCUAUGUCGCACACUGACGUUCAGGAGCUGAGGCGGUCGACGGCGAAGUCGGAGAUCGAGCUUUACGAGGAUUCGGAGAAGCAGCUGCCUGCGGUUAUGACGAUCCAGGCUAGCCACCCGCUGUGCGCAACUGGGGAUGAGGAGACAUCGAAGCCGCAAACCACGCUGCAGAGACUCACUGCUCGUCUUGCACGGUGGGGCGUGGAGACGAAUGGCAUUACGCCCGUACUGCCGGAGCAGAGAACUGACCGACGUCUCUACCAGAUGUUCUUCGUGUGGUUCUCUGCGAAUCUGAACAUCCUAACACUGACUGCCGGUACCGUUGGGCCGGCAUUCUACGGACUAGGCAUCAGGGCGUCGCUCCUGGCCAUUUUGGUGGUGGAUGUAGUAACGUGUACAAUACCUGCGUUCUUCGCUGUUCUGGGGCCGAAACUAGGGAUGCGUGGAAUGGUGCAAGCUCGCUUUUCUUGGGGGUAUUACGGGGCAUUGAUACCUAGCACACUUGUUACCGUCACACUCCAAGGCUAUCUCAUCCUAAACACCAUCGUCGGCGGCCAGACACUCGGAAGCGUCUCUGCGCACCUUAAUGCGUCUCUUGGUAUCGUGAUCAUCGCACUCGUCACCCUAGCGGUAGUCUUCAGUGGAUCUCGAGUGCUGCAUUGGUACAAUACGUUCAUAUGGAUUCCGAACCUCGUCGCUUUCAUCACGAUGCUCGGUGUGAGCGGCAAACACCUAGUCGAGUCGCCGCUAUCUAACCCUACACCUGUGGGGGCCUCCAACAUCAUGACGUUCGGAGCGACACUCGCAGCCAGUGUCGUGAACUGGUCUCCACUCACGCCUGACCAGGGCGUGUAUCACGAUCAUACUGCAAGCGCGCUGAGGAUAUGGACGUACACGUACUCGGGUCUUCUCUUGUCGAGUAUGCCGGCACACAUGCUCGGCGCAGCCUUCACAGCGGGGGCGGCCUUCAACCCUUCGUGGAAAGCAGGCCUUGGGAAUGGCAACGACAUCGGUGGGCUCAUCGCCGCGGUGUUAGAGCCCGCAGGCGGAUUUGGGAAGUUUCUCGUGGUCCUGCUGGCAUUGACGACGCCUAGUCAAUGUGCACCGUCAAUGUACACGGCAUGUAACAGCUUCAUGACGCUGGCGCCCACUUUUGCUCGGAUACCAAGGUUCUUCCUUGCCAUUGCGUCCACUGCCAUAAUCAUACCCGUUGCGAUUGUCGGCUCCAAUACCUUCUACUCCAUCUUCUCCGACAUACUUGGGUUCAUAGGCUACUGGCUCGCGCCCUACGUCGCCGUUGUCCUCGUCGAACAUGUGCUCUAUCGCCGCAUGCGCUGGUCGUGCUACGACGUCUUCGAGGCGUGGGACGACCCGAAGCACCCGAAUCUCGCACCGAGCUACUGCAGUGUCAUCACGUUUGUCGUCUCUGUAGGCUUCAUCGUGGUUUGCAUGGACAAGGCAUGGUGGGUCGGACCGAUCGCACGGGCAGGUACGGGUGAUGUGGGGAUGCUGCUCGGCUUCAUCCUCGGUAUUGUGGUCUAUGCGGCAGUGAGGUGGUGGAGCGGGAGGCGUCUGAUCGCUUACACAUGAGUAGUUUAUCUGAAAAGCGAGAAUUUCACGAGACCAAUGUAGUCCUUCCGCUUGGUUAUUGAUGCCUGCGUUGCCAAGCCCGGUCUUC